AUGUCUUCUAUGAGUGUUAACUCGCUCAUUGGAAAGGACGACGAGAGUGAAAACGUCAAAGCAAUACCACAAAAAAGAUCAGCAUCAAGUGGUGGUUCCAUAGCGGAAGAGAAGGCAGAGUCCGAACCUUCAUUGCAACCCCCAUUCCAAGGUCAAAACAAACGUACAUCGAUCCCUUCUGUUUCUCAAUUGAGCGAAUCGAUUCCUCAGCAUACAAAUACACCCUCAUUAUCAGCAUACAAGUUUCCUCAAAAACAGAUUGAGGAUCAAGGAUUAUUAGCAUUACUAGGACCCAAUGUCACGUCAUUUCCAUUCUCUGAAGAAACAUUUCUGAAUGCAUUAAAAUUACGAGCGGAGCAAGAACGUACGAAGCAAGAGUACUACAGAGUAGAAACUGCAAAUAAAAAUCUUGCCAUUCUUCAAACAGCAUUACGGGCUCAAAUGCCUGUUAAUAUGAUACCCCUAUUGUGUGUUGGAAAUGCUCCUGAGUUGACUGAAGAACAAAUGAAAAUGUUGAUACAACAAGCAACAUUUGGCACUCCCUCUGUUUUGCAUCCGCAACAACAAGUGCAACAAGUACAACAACAUCAACAACCAUUGCAUUUCCCCACUUCCCAACAGCAACAGCAACCACAGCAGCAGCAGCAACAACAACAACCUUUUGUUGGAAUUCAACCAGGACUUCUGCAGGAACAACAAAUUCAAAUUAUACAAGCAAAUCAAAAGCGAAUGCAACAAGAAUUGCAACAAAAAGGUGGAUCAUUCUCCCAGGGAAGUCCAUUUCAGAAAUCACAUACACGCGGAGGAAGUGGUGGUGGUGUAGGUUCCCAACAGGACACAUUCAAUGUUAAUCCAGGACCACCUUUGAGCUUUAGAUUUGGUGCCGGUAGCAGUACCAUCAGCGCUAGCGGAAGAAGACCAUUAUCACCAGCAAAGAUUGGUGCUGCAGCUGUAGCAAACCUAGCUACACCAACCACACCAUAUCGCGGAUCUUCGUCUACGGCAUCUACAAGCACUCGUCGAAGCGCGGCACACCACCGACACAGCUCCUUGCCACUUGAUACAUCUGGAAUUUCUCACAGGCUUAGCUCAGUAACUAGUGGUCCAGAAUCAAGUGAGCUGAACAGGGGCCAAGGACUACAAUCACCAUUGACAGGAGCCACUUCAACAUUACAAGUAAAACCAAUACCUGCACAACCAUUACAUAAACAGAGUAAGCUGCAAGUGCAGCCACUGCAGGAAUCAAUGACCUCAUUUCAGCAUGUCAUUCAAUUUCAUCAUUGGAAACCAACAACGGGUUCACCAACUAGUAGCAGUGUUGGAGGUGGAAGUCCACUAAAAUCUCAAACGUCGUCUCAUAAACGGCGCAAGUCAUCCCCUAGCAUACCAUUUCAAGAGCAACAGAUAUUACGACCAACAAAGGAGAAAGAAUUCUAUGCAGAAUCAACACCAAAAGUCACAUUUGAAAACAGGAAUAAAGACGAGGUCGAAAUGGAUCCUGAUCUUUCUAUUGAUUCUUCAGUUGGUGAAGUGACAGAACUGAAAGUUGAUGAUCAAGCAAAUCCACCAAAAGCUCAUCAUCGACUGGAACUGAAUUUUGCAAAGUUUCCCCAAGAUAAGGAAUCAACUGCUAAAUGA